AUGACUAUCCAGAUUUCUCGUUCAGGCACAGUCUGCUUUCAUACUGAAACUGGUUAUGCUUCUCGAAUGCCCAAAAAGACUAUGCAAGACAAUGACUUAGAUCAUGCCCUCAGAACCAACCCUUCACAAAGUGUCCCACAGUUGGCAGGAGCAGCAGCAGGAGGCAGCAGUUCACCCACCACAGACAUAAAGAUUUUCACUAAUACUGCCCAGAUCCAGCUGAUGAGAUUAAUCCCAUAUGAAACAGAGAAUAAAAGGUGGAGCUGGAAACUGAGCGUGUCAGAGACCCAAGAACUCGGCUCCAUUGCUGGGCCCCUCGACAGGCCCUUCAGGCCCCGACAGCAGCCUGGCUCCACCGCGCAGACCUCGGCAGAAAGUGCCCUCCCGUUAACUGCCUCACUUCAGAAUCAAACGCUACAACCACACCCAGGGGCACCGCGCCUCCAUGAAAAGGCAGGGCUGUUGUUCGGGAACGCACUCUCAGCCGCAACGGACUGGUCGGAGCCGUGGCUGGUGGGCCUGGCUGUUUUCCACGUCUGCUGCUUCCUCCUGACGUGCGUCUCUUUCCAGAACUCCCGGGUGCAGCUCGGGCACUUCCUCUGCAUGGUGGGCUUAGUGUACUGCGCUGAAUAUAUAAAUGAAUUAGCAGCCAUGAAUUGGAGGCUGUUUUCUAAAUACCAAUACUUUGAUUCAAGAGGGAUGUUUAUUUCACUAGUAUUUUCAGCACCACUGCUAGUGAAUACUGUUAUAAUUGUGGUCACCUGGGUUUAUAAAACUUUGAAUGUAAUGACUGAACUGAAGACACUACAGCAGAGAAUGAAAGCAAAAAAAGAGAAAAUUAAGUGA